GCGCCGGGAAGGGCGUGGCCCCCGGGAUCCGCUCGCGCGCGCGCCCCAGAGCUCUCGGCGCAGCUCAGAGUCACAACGUGCGGGUCUUCGCUCAGCUACAGCAUGGCAAAAGUGUCCAGCCCCACUGAGACUGAGCGGUGCAUCGAGUCCCUGAUUGCCGUCUUCCAGAAGUAUGCUGGACAGGAGGGUAACAACUGCACCCUCUCCAAGCUGGAGUUCCUGAACUUCAUGAAUACGGAACUGGCUGCCUUCACGAAGAACCAGAAGGACCCCGGUGUUCUUGACCGCAUGAUGAAGAAACUGGACCUAAACUCUGAUGGGCAGUUAGAUUUCCAAGAAUUCCUUAAUCUUAUUGGUGGCAUCGCCAUGGCUUGCCAUGCCUCCUUCUUCGCAAAUCCUGCAGCGAUCCCUCGCCGCAAGUAAAUCUGAGGGGUCCUUGGAUCUGGUCUCCAAAUCUACCCUUUCCUUUCAGCCUCCCAGUCACCAUCUACUCCACACAGCCCACACACCCUGAACUUAGCACAUCCAUCACCCCAUGAAGCCCACUCCUGCUGGUAGUAAUAAAACAAUAUGUUUUUUUAAAACACA